UUAAAGACAUACAAUAAUAUAAAUCAGAACUUUAAAGGAAGUUUAUUAAUUUAAAUUAAAAUAUUGUUCUGGGCUUGCAGAUAAACUUUCAGGUCCCAUCGGUCAUAUAAGGCCUCAAGCAAACUGCAGGACAUGGUGUGCUCCCUCUCCAGCAAUAGCGGGGCAUGGACAUAAGGGAUAUAUGUGCAUAACUCAUUGAAGCUGACAGGUUAGGUUGAGACGUUGAUUGAAAAAGCAAGCAGGAUUCAGGUCUGUAAAAAUAAAAGCAUACUGAAGACUUUACGGUGGACAUUUGCAAACCAUUAGUUCGGUCUUAAUUGGAAUAUCGUGUAUAGCUCAGGGCACUGCUCUUUAGGAAGAAUGCCACUCUCUUAGGAAUGGUGCAGAAGAGAUUUAUAAAAUGCUGUCAGGGAUGGGGGUUUCAGUGAAAUGGAUACAUUGGAAGCUGGAGUUAUUCCCGUGGAGAACAGGAGGUUGAGAGGAAAUUUAACAGAGAUUGUUCUAAACCGUGAUGUCUCUAGGCAAAGUAGACAGGACGAAUUUGUUCCCAUUCACAGAAAGAUUGAGAGUCCAAAGACACUGCUAGACGAUAUUAACCAGUCAAAAGAGUUGAAUCUGAGAUGAAGUGAAACAAUUUUCUGCAGCGUAUCCAGAGGAUUUAGUUUGUGACGUUUGAAAGGAUGAUGGAGGGAGGAAGGGAUUUAGAUAAGUACUUGAAGGGGUUCAACAUUCAGUGUGUGGCUGUUGGAUUUACUGGAUUGUCCUUGCUGAGUGUUAGUAUAGACUUGAUGGCCCAAGUAAAUAACUUGUAUGUUAGAGUCGAUCAGUGUUUGUGUAACUUCUCAGGAGAGUCAGUGUUGGUGGUUGUUUUCAAAUGAAUAGCAUCUCCUGAAGCCCUGGGAUCCUCCGGUUAACUGAAUAACUGAUUUAAAAUAUUGUAACUUGGAGCAGGAAUAAAAACUAGUGAGGCAACUUCUUAAAAUGAAUAUUACCAGUGAAUAUUUUGCACUAACUGCUUGUUAUACCGUAGGAUUAUCUCAAACAGGUAAUACCAAUAUAUUCCCAGAACCAGCUCAUCGCAUACACAUUUGUAAACUUGAUAUUUGUGAUGCCUUUGAAAGAGAUGUUUAAGUACAACAUUAGGCAGGGUAAUAUUCUUCCUUUUUUUUGUUAGUCUGUUUCAAAUUCAAUAUUAAAUAAACCCUCCAUGUUUACAGAUUUUUUUUUUCCCGAAUCAACCCAUUCAGAGAUGUUGUUACACAGCUCAGGAGCAGGGGAGACUUGAACAUGGGCCUCCAGGUUUAGAGUAGGAACAUUACCACUGUGCUACAAAUACCCUCGAUGACACAUACCUAAUGCCAAUCAUUGUGAUGUUCUUCCUCUUGAUUCACACCUAAGUAAUUCUUUAUUGUCAGAGUAAAAGAGCAUUUUGCCUAAAUUGGUUACAGAUUGUAAAUCAUAUUGUAUAUAAAAAAACCCUUCCCUUCUGCACACUCUGUAGAGUUAUUGAAAUAUUGGGUCAGUUUGAAACUUGAAAUUGGUAGUUGUUGCAAUCAGCAGUUCAAUUGGACCCUCCUGGUUAGUGAAAAUUAGGCCGGAAGUAAUCAUCAGCAGUGUAUAACUUGAACCAUUUAUUUCAAAGCAGGUGAAGUUCACAAAGACUCAUUUGAGGUGAAAUUCAGUACUCUGAACACACAAAAGUAUACUUAAGACGUUUGAAUGAAUCAUUCUGUUGUAAUAUCGAUUGAAGUGAUAGCUUUGCACUUAUUAUGAUAAAUGCGGGGUUUUUUUAAUCAAGGCGUGCAGUCUGGAUGGAAGGUGCUGAGGGAUGGAAAUAAACUUGCUCAAAUGGAGGAGGCACCACUUUUUCCAGGGGAAGCUAUCAAAGCAAUUGCCAAAGAUGUCACAUACAUCUGUCCUUUCAUUGGGGCCAUCAGUGGGACGCUCACUGUCACCGAAUACAAACUGUACUUCAAAAGUGUAGAGCGGGAUCCCCCUUUCACCCUUGAUGUUCCACUGGGGGUUGUGAGUCGUAUCGAAAAAAUUGCUGGCAUUCAAGAGAACUCCUGUGGCUUGGAAAUUGUGUGCAAGGAUAUGAGAAAUCUGCGGUUUGCAUACAAACAGGAAGAACAUGGUAAACUCGAGAUCUUUGAGAACCUCACACAGUAUGCCUUUCCUGUCUCGAAGAACUUGCCACUGUUUGCAAUGAAGUAUAAGGAGAAGUAUCCGGUUCAGGGCUGGAAGGUGUACGAUGCUGUGGCAGAAUAUAAAAGACAGGGUUUGCCAAAUGAAAGUUGGGUCAUCAGUAAAAUCAACAGCAACUAUGAACUCUGCGAUACGUACCCUUCGAUUGUGGUGGUGCCUACCAGUGUCAAAGAUGACGACCUUUGUAAAGUGGCAGCAUUUCGAACACGUGGGCGAAUCCCAGUUUUGUCUUGGAUCCAUCCAGAAAGCCAAGCGACGAUUACUCGAUGCAGUCAGCCAUUGGUGGGGCCAAAUGACAAGCGGUGUAAGGAGGAUGAGAAAUAUUUACAAACCAUCAUGGACGCCAAUGCGCAGUCUCACAAGUUAAUCAUCUUUGAUGCUCGACAGAGCAGUGUGGCAGACGCCAGUAAGGCAAAAGGUGGAGGCUAUGAGAGUGAAUCUGCAUAUUCAAACGCUGAGCUUAUAUUCUUGGAAAUCCAUAACAUCCACGUCAUGAGGGAGUCUCUCAGGAAACUGAAGGAUGUCGUUUACCCUGUGAUAGAUGAAGCCAAGUGGCUGUCAAAUAUCGAUUCAACUCAUUGGUUGGAAUACAUAAGAAUCCUUUUAGCCGGAGCCGUUCGGAUAGCAGACAAGGUUGAAUCGGCAAAAACCUCGGUUGUGGUCCAUUGUAGCGACGGCUGGGACCGGACCUCUCAGCUAACCUCCCUAACCAUGCUGAUCCUCGACAGCUACUACCGAACUAUCAAGGGUUUUGAAGUGCUGAUUGAAAAGGAGUGGCUAAAUUUCGGACACCGUUUUGCAGUCAGAGUGGGACACGGUGAUGAGAACCAUGCUGAUGCUGAUCGAUCGCCCAUCUUCCUUCAGUUCAUUGACUGCGUCUGGCAAAUGACAAAGCAGUUUCCUGCAGCCUUUGAGUUUAAUGAGCUCUUUCUGCUGACCAUCCUGGACCAUCUGUACAGCUGUCUUUUUGGGACAUUCCUUUAUAACAGUGAGCAGCAAAGACUGAAGGAGGAAGUGCAGACAAAUACAGUUUCCCUCUGGUCCUAUAUAAACAGCCAGCUGGAGGAGUUCACCAACCCGUUUUAUGUGAAUUACGAGAAUCACGUGCUUUACCCAGUCGCCAGCUUACGGCACUUGGAAUUGUGGGUAAACUAUUAUGUCAGAUGGAACCCACGGAUGAGGCCUCAGGUACCAAUCCACCAGAGUUACAAAGAGCUUCUUGGCAUCCGGGCCGAGCUGCAGAAGAAGGUUGAGGAGCUUCAGCGUGAGGUCAGCAACAUGGCAGUGUCAUCUUCCUCUGAAAGAGCGUCACCCACCCAUUCAGUGUCACCCGUACAGACAACAGUGUGAAUUUGUCAACCGUUCUCCCUACCAUGUUUCCUUGAUGACUGAGUCACUGAGGUUAUGACUGCAGCAUGUAUAUGAAAGCUGUAAAUACAGAUGAUUCUGUGUGUACAUGUGCGCAGGUGUGCAAUUUUAUCGCAGCGUACUUUAGGGUUUUGUAAACCUGUGCGGGGAUAUCUUUGUUGCGCGGUUGCUUUGUUCUGAUGCUGAGACCUUUUGGCAGAAGGGUAAAUGUGAGUGCCACUGUAAAACUGGCCUAAACUUUGGUGCCAAUCCAUGAAUUAGCCAGAAAGAGCUGGGGAGGAGGGAGGGCAGAGGGUUUGGGGGAGAAGGCAGACAGUAUCUGAUGGAUCAGCCCAGGCAAAGAACCGGAGUGCCAAGUUUUCAUUGUAGUCUGCUGUUGAGCAAAUGACCCAACUUUCACUCCUGCCCCUCCCACAAUGAAAAACACUUUAUUGGCUAUAAUCGACUCGAACAUGUGACUUGGGGUUGGUAGGUGGAUAUCCUAUCACAAUCCAAAGAAAACAGUUUGGGUUUUAUCUUUUGUAGGCAACUUCACUAUUUCUAUUUUAACUUCUUCUCCUUUAUAGAAUCUGUAUAUUUUUAUAUAGUGCCUGUAAAUGGCUGUAUCCCCAUCAUUAAAUUCAUCAUUGCAAAUAAAUGUCACCACCUUCCAGAAGCUUCCCUUGUGGAUUUCUGAAAUCUUGGGAAAAAGUGUAUUCUUAGAUUUGAGGAUUUUGUGUUUAACGAACUUGGCAGCGAUAUUCUCAUCCAUGAGACGCACAAAGCUGAAAUGUCAUUGAACCCGGAACAUAACAUAGUUAGUGAAAUUUUUCCUCCCAACUUCAUCUGCCUUUCAAGUGUGGGGGCAUUUUCUGUGUCAGGGAAAGGGGUCAUACAUGUUUCCAUGCUGAAGGGGAAUUCUGACAUCAAACAAUCCAGCCUGUUAGUGCCAGGAGUGCUGUAACAUAACCAGACAACUCAAUUUAUUUCCAAGAGUGAAGAGAACAGAAAUUUCACAAAACAAGCUUUGCAGAGAUCAUAAGAUGAGAAACUGAAAAUUUCUUGAAACCAGUAAGGCCUUUCAUUUGUACAAAAGAGGAAAGUGUCCCUUGUACCUUUGUUGUAGAAUUUGAGCAUCAGAUUAAAAGUACCGUAUUAUGCUUUUUACAUUUUCCAAUCAUUCAUCAAAUGAAACAGUAUUUCACAGAUGCAGCCCUUCUAUUUUUACAAAAAUGCAGGACUCAAUCAUUACUCACAUAAUUUUCAUGAUUUUUCUGACAGGAUUUGUGUGUUUUUUCCAGUACAUAAAGACAUUUUUCAAACUGAGGCAUUGUGUGUUUUAACCAUUGACCCGAAGUUGUCUAUCGCUUUCCAAUCAAAUGGCCUUUACUAGUGUUACCUGAAAGGAUCAGAGAGUUCAUCUUCUGGCCAUGUCUUUGGAGAGUUAAUGUGUUUGGGAUGAAUUUCCUAGGUUUGGCUUUGGAUAGGCUAAAGCUGAAUUUCAAUCCUUACUUUGGAGUUUUGGUGGGAGUGUGCUGAGCACAUGCUUUAAGUGUUUAAAACUGAUCGUUUUAAGUUUUAGCUGAACCUAGAAACCUAAUGCUGAACAUAACUUGGUAGUGGCCCUUAUCUGGAUUGCCCUCAGAUUAGCAAAUACUAUAAGUGACUAUCGUCUGGAAUGGUAAAGCCUCCUCAUGUUCUGUAGCAAUUCCAAGUGUUAAUUUUGACCUUUCUGUAGUGGUACGGCUUUUCACCUUCUGCCUGUGUUUUCUGUCAAAGAACUGUAACAGUCCCACUGCCAAUAUUGCUACCGAUGUACAAAUGUCUGAAGUAGAUAAACAAUUCUUUAAACUACAGCAUGUCCUAUAUUAAUUUACAAGCAAAAGCAUAUUGCAUUUUACUUUGGUGAAUAUUCGGCAUGUAUGUAGAAGGUGUUUGCCUAAUGCAUUGCACUUUAGUAUAGACUAUAAGGCCCUAUCUGCGCUCUCAGGUUGAUGUAAAAUAUUCAAUAGCACUUUCUGAAGAGCAAGAGCGUUUGCCCCAAUGUCCUGGCCAAUGUUAAUUGCUGAGUGUGCAUCACUCAAACAGAUCCGUUGUUGUGUGUAGGAGCUUGCUAUAUGCAUACUGGCUCUUUAGUUGACUAUGCUGUGACAGUGACAAUUCUUCCAAUUUAUUUUAUUGGCUGUAAAGUGCUUUGAGACAUUGCAAAGAUAUGAAAGACGCUAUAUAAAGGCAAGUGUUAAUAAUUAUUAUCUGAACACAGCGACACAUUGGCACUCCGUAGUGAACAGUUUAACUUGUAUCUUCAGAAGUGAUAUCACACCCUUAACAUAGGAACAAAAUUAAUCAUAUUGCUGAAAAAAAAAAGCCCCAUCUUUAUUUAAAUUUUUAAAAUUUGUCAAGACUAGUUUUGUCAGCUUAAGGGACUGGACUGAUAGCUGGUUUAUUUGGUGGGUGGUGUCUAGCACAUGCAGUGCCCUCAGAGGACCACAGGGCAUGUGUGCAGGCUGUCAAGGUUUGAUGGUGGAGGUAAGGGGUUAGUGGGAAACACUGAAUGGAGAGCUGAACAAUAAAGGUGCCCAGACAGAGAUUGCUCCCACAAGAGAGGGGAUGUGAUUGAUGGAAUGGUGUGGAUGAGAUGACAGAAAUAUUUAAAUACAACAAAAUGGCAGAGUGAUUGAUUAUUGGUUCACCUUGUUAAAUAAAAGGCUGCUAAAUUGUGCCAAAAAUUAAAUUCACUAUAUUUGAAUGAAACGUUUUUGGAAAAACUGUCAUCUGAAUUAAAAGAAUACUUUGGCUUUGAUUCUAUAGAUUAAGAUGGUGGUGACAGUUCUUAGCAUUCCUAUGCACUCCAGUGCAUUUACUACCACAGUAACCCAAGAAUGGAGCAAUUACAAAGUCACAACAAAACCUGAACCCUGAACAAGGACUUUGUCAGGCAAUAUAAUUGGUAAUUAAGCUUUUUUUUGAUGGUUGAGGUUUUAAUUAUAACAGGCAGAUUUCAAGGAAAUAGCAGGAUUUUCCUCAAAAUAUAUUGAGCUCAUCAGAUGAAAAUCUGCCUUUUCAACUUAGGAGAAAACAAUUCCCAAUUCUACUUCCAUUUUCAAUGGUGGAACAAAAUAGAUCUUAGACAAAAAAUUGUGUUUUUUUUACGUAGGCACAGCUUAACGUAGUUAUUUUUGCUCAGAGACAACACUUCUGAUUCUGUGAAAGAGUGGUGAAAAUGUAGAAAUCCUGUAUAUUUAAAGAAGUACUGUUGCAAUAAAGAAACUUAUUUGUCUGCAAA